GAGAGAGAGGGAGGGAGGGAGAGAGGAAAUUUCUUCGUUCUUUGCCAAGGUCUAGGGUUUCAUCAGUUCAAAAUAAUUUCUUGCAAAUACAACAGUGACUCACUUUUUUCCGACCCAAAUCCCCGGAACUCCAAGUUUGCUUGGUGUCUCAUCUCUGAGAAAAUUCUCUUCUCUGUCAUAGGAUGAGACAAGGAAGAUAGAAUAGUUCAUCCAUGCUUCAUCCGUACCCAGAAAGCCCUAAUCCCUAAAAGCCACCUUAAUUUUCUUCAAUUAGUGUAAUAAAUUAGCAUCCCAAAAGCCUUGUGUUGCUUGAUUCAUACCUCUCUAGAUCACCCUGCAGUUUCCAGAUCCUGAUCUGGAAUUAGCUAGAAAAGGAACAUAAUAAGGAAAAUGGAGGGUAGCAGUGGCACAGAAUGUUCUAAGACAAGCCCAUCGGAGCAAAAUGAAGAUGAAGAUGGCAGCCUGCAGGAGAAUAACAUUAAUGCAAGUAAAGCAAAAGAUGGGGCAAGCUCAAGCACCAGCACGGUUGAAGAGAAUGAUAAGAAGCCAUCGGUGCGGCCGUACGUUCGAUCGAAGAUGCCAAGACUUCGGUGGACUCCCGAUCUCCAUCUUCGCUUUGUCCAUGCUGUAGAGAGACUCGGUGGACAAGAUAGAGCAACACCGAAGUUGGUGCUUCAGCUCAUGAACAUGAAAGGGUUGAACAUCGCUCAUGUGAAGAGCCAUUUACAGAUGUACAGAAGCAAGAAAAUGGAUGACCAAGUAUUAGCAGACCAUAGUCAUCUCAUGGAAAGCGGGGAUCGAAACAUCUACAACCUGAGCCAACUUCCCAUGCUUCAAGGGUUUAACCAGUUUAACCACAGAUAUCACUCUAGUUCCAGAUAUGGAGAUGCUUAUUCGAGCCGCCAUGAGAAUUGGAUGAGUAGCCCUUUUAUGAUAGAGCGAGGCACGAUUCACAACGGUGACCAGGGAUUUUAUGGCACAGUUGCGGAGAAAAUCUUCGGAAGAAGCUAUAGCAGCUUGAUCAAUGGCAGUCUCCAAUGGAGAAAUAGUGAAGUAACUAUGGAAGUGAAAGAGCCAACCCGUGUUUCAAAUACAAUGAACAAGAGGAAGGGUAAUUCGGAUUGCGAGCUUGAUCUGAACCUAAGACUUGGGAUUACGCCCAAGAUUGAGAAAAGGUACAAGGAAGAAGACAGUAACCUAAGCCUGUCGUUGUACUCAUCAUCAGUGUCGACGACGACUUCAAAGCUUAGCCGGUUGAAAGAAGGCGAGAGUAAUAAGGAGAGUGGAAGAAGGACAAGUACUCUGGAUCUGACUAUAUGAAUGAGACAAUUCUAAGUGAGAUCUUGAGGUACUUGUCCUACAGAAUGCGCUUUUAUUUGAUUGUCCCUUGUCCUAUCAUAUAGGAUAAUCUCUAGCUAUAUAUCAGUUGUGCUUGUUUUGUUGUUUCCUUGAAUCCUUUUGGUUGAAAGAUCCUAGUUAAUUAAUCA